GAGAUAUGCAAGUGAGAACUUUUGAGAGGCGCAACAACAAGAUGGCGCAUAAUAGCAAAAGACCUAAUUUUGCUUCUGGGUCCUUGGAUUUUCUUCCUCUUCCUCUUUAUUCCCCUCAAAACCUAGGAGCCCAACGAGAGCACCCCUUUCCUCUUCUUCUAUAUCCCUUUUUAUCUCUUCGCAGCUUUCUCUCCUCUCUCAGAUCUAUACUCUCUUCUCCUUCACAAUCGUUCGUUUUAUCCUCUCCAUCGGAUUCGUCAGAUAUCUUCGAUUUCUCGUCGUUUCAUCGGUUCCAGGUCAAAUCCAGUUUGCAGGGAUUUGAUCGUUGGUAAGCUAUCUUUCAGCAAACAUGCAUGGUUAUGAAGAUGACCUUGAUGAGGAAGCUGGGUAUGAUGACUAUUACAGCGGUGAUGAGGAUGAGUAUGAAGAUGAGGAAGAGGAGGAUGAAGAACCUCCUAAGGAAGAAUUGGAAUUUCUUGAGUCACGCCAAAAGUUGAAGGAAUCAAUUCGGAAGAAAAUGGGAAAUGGAAGUGCUAAUGCUCAAUCUUCACAAGAGAGAAGAAGAAAACUUCCUUAUAACGACUUUGGUUCUUUCUUUGGUCCUUCACGGCCUGUUAUUUCCUCAAGGGUUAUACAAGAAAGCAAAUCCUUGCUUGAAAACGAGCUACGUAAAAUGUCGAAUUCGAGCCAAACUAAGAAAAGACCAGUUCCGACGAAUGGUUCAGGCUCUAAGAAUGUGUCACAAGAGAAGCGACCUAAAGUUGUGAAUGAGGUGAGAAGGAAAGUUGAGACUCUUAAGGAUACAAGAGACUAUUCGUUUUUGUUUUCCGAUGACGCGGAGCUUCCUGUUCCGAAGAAGGAAUCUCUUUCACGAAGUGGCUCUUUUCCUAAUUCUGAGGCUCGAUCUGCUCAAUUAUCAUCGAGGCCCAAACAAUCAUCAGGUAUCAAUGGUAGAACUGCUCACAGUCCCCAUCGUGAGGAGAAGAGACCUGUUUCAGCGAAUGGACAUUCAAGACCGUCUUCCUCGGGCAGUCAAAUGAAUCAUUCAAGACCGUCUUCCUCUGGCAGUAAAAUGAAUCAUUCAAGACCGGCUACCUCGGGCAGCCAAAUGCCAAAUUCAAGACCAGCUUCCUCUGGCAGCCAAAUGCAGUCGAGAGCUGUCUCAGGCUCAGGGCGACCUGCUUCCUCAGGCAGCCAGAUGCAAAAUUCAAGACCACAAAAUUCAAGACCAGCUUCCGCUGGUAGCCAAAUGCAGCAAAGGCCUGCGUCCUCAGGCAGCCAAAGGCCUGCGUCCUCAGGCAGCCAAAGGCCUGCGUCCUCAGGCAGCCAAAGGCCAGGUUCGUCGACAAACCGUCAAGCACCUAUGAGGCCACCAGGUUCAGGUUCCACAAUGAAUGGUCAAUCAGCCAACCGGAAUGGCCAACUGAAUUCCAGAUCAGAUUCCCGAAGAUCAGCUCCUGCUAAAGUGCCAGUGGAUCAUAGGAAACAGAUGAGCAGUAGCAAUGGAGUUGGUCCUGGUCGGUCAGCGACCAAUGCAAGACCUUUACCUUCUAAGAGUUCAUUGGAAAGAAAACCCUCAAUCUCGGCGGGAAAGAGUUCUCUUCAAAGCCCUCAGAGACCGUCCUCAUCAAGACCAAUGUCAUCUGAUCCUAGGCAACGGGUAGUAGAACAGAGAAAGGUUUCUCGUGACAUGGCCACACCCCGAAUGAUACCUAAACAAUCAGCGCCUACCUCGAAACACCAGAUGAUGAGUAAACCAGCGCUCAAGAGACCUCCCUCGCGUGACAUAGAUCAUGAAAGGAGGCUGUUGAAGAAGAAGAAGCCUGCAAGGUCAGAGGAUCAAGAAGCAUUCGAUAUGCUUAGACAGUUAUUACCACCCAAGCGGUUUUCUCGGUAUGACGAUGAUGACAUAAACAUGGAAGCAGGCUUUGAAGAUAUCCAAAAGGAAGAGAGACGAAGUGCGAGAAUCGCAAGGGAGGAAGAUGAAAGAGAACUUAAGCUCUUAGAGGAAGAAGAAAGGAGAGAAAGACUGAAAAAGAAUCGGAAGCUGAGCCGUUAGAAGAAUCCUUUCUCCUUUGUGUCUUUGUCUUCUUUUAGGACUUUUUUAGUGUUUUCUCAUUGAAAUCUCUUUGGCCGCUUGAGGCAAAAAAGAGUUUGACCUUUUUUUUGUUUUGUGUUUUCAAAUUAAGGAUCUUUUUUUUGUUCAUGGAAAUUGUACAAUUAGAAAUAAUAUCUUUUAUUGGGGACACUUCAAGAAGAAUCUGUUGGAAACCUUCCCAGUUAGUGAAAGCUUGAUUCUCUUUUUUUUUUUUGGAGUAAAGCUAAAACCA